AUGGGUAUGAACAUGACGUCUACACAAAUGGCAGAGUUGUCUUCCGCUAUGCAACAGCUCAGCUCGUUAACAACGGAUCCGCAAAAGUUGUUGAUGUUGCAGCAAGCGUUAAUAAUGCAAGUAAUGACGCAUAACCAAGUUGAAGCCAAAAGAAAACAGGAGGAAGAGAAACGGAAGGAGGAAGAGCGGAAGAAGAAAGCGGAGGAGGAGAAGGAGGCGAAAAGGCGGGCCAAAGAAGAGGAGAAAAUGAAACUGGUCGGUUUAGUGGUUCUAGAGCUCAACAUUCACUUGAUCAAUGAUUCCUUGAAUACCACGAAUGUUCAGAUCGCUCAGAAAAAGGCAGAAGCUGCAAAAGAGAAAGAGAGAGCGUUGGAAGAGAAGCGCCUCCGUAUGGAAGAAGAGAAGAAACAAAAACUCGCAGAAAAGGCGCGGAAAGCCGAGCCUACAGUGACGAACAACGCCAUCAGGGAGAAGUUUGAAGAUCAACCCACAAUCGAGGAACAAUUGAAACUGCGACGGCUACGAUGGUUCGGUCAUCUGUGCAGGAUGGGUCACGACAGAAUACCUAAUAUGCUCCUGUGGAGAAAACGCCUGCGUGCGAGUUAG